CUAUCAUACAAAGGUGAAUAAUUCCUACAUUUUGACAUUCGCAAACAAGCCUCAGAAUUUUAUAAAAUGUCAAAAUAUUAGAAAAUUUUUAAAAAUUAUCAGGUUAAAUUUAGUAGUUGGAAAACAUACUUUUUUUUUAAAUUUUCUCUGACUUGAAAUCUAUAAAUAUGGCUUCCAAUUCUGAUCAAAAGAAUGGAAAUUUUAUUUGUGGAGUGGUUGAAGGAUUUUAUGGUCGUCCUUGGACUACUGAACAAAGAAAGGAUCUUUUUAGAAAAUUAAAAAAAUGGGGAAUGUGUUCCUAUGUUUAUGCCCCUAAAGACGAUUACAAACAUCGUGCCUACUGGAGAGAACUAUAUACAGUUGAGGAAGCGGAAAAUUUGUUGGGAUUAAUAACUGCGGCUAAAGAGCAGGGUAUUGCAUUUUAUUAUGCCCUUUCGCCGGGCUUAGAUAUGUCAUAUAGUUCAGCAAAAGAAGUUCAAACACUGAAAAGAAAAUUGGAACAAGUUUCGCAAUUUGGCUGUGAAGCAUUUGCUCUAUUAUUUGAUGAUAUAGAAUCAGAAUUAUCGAAAGCGGACAAGGAAAUUUUUCAGACUUUUGCAAAUGCACAAGUUUCUGUAACAAAUGAAAUUUUUUCACAUUUAAAUAGUCCACGCUUUUUAUUUUGCCCAACCCAGUAUUGUAGUUCUAGAGCAGUUCCCACAGUGGCGGACUCCGAGUAUUUAAAUACUAUAGGUUCCAAACUUUAUCCAGAAAUAGAUAUUUUGUGGACCGGAAACAAAGUUAUUUCAAAAACUUUUAGCGUUCAAGAAAUUCAAGAAAUUACAGAAGUACUGAGGCGCCCGCCAGUUAUAUGGGAUAAUUUACAUGCAAACGAUUACGAUCAGAAACGAGUUUUCUUAGGUCCAUAUUCGGGAAGAUCACCGGAACUGAUUCCACUUUUACGAGGAGUUCUAACAAACCCAAAUUGCGAAUUUCAUGCCAAUACCAUCGCAAUUCAUACCUUGGCUUCGUGGUCAAAAUGUAGUGCAGAUACAAAAAUAAAUAAUUCUAUCUCUGCAGACAUUAAACUUGAAACUGAAAACGAUGACGGAGUAAAUAAUGGAGACAUACCCAGUUGCUUAUCGGAGAAUAUUUAUCAUCCAAGAGUUGCGUUAAAAAAUGCAAUUCUAGAAUGGUUACCAGAAUUUUCAGUUCAAAAAGAUGCUUGGGGACCUAUUACAAAGCCCCAGCCACCAGUGACAAUGGUUAUGCCGAUUUUACCCAUAAUACCAUCUAUAAAUACCUGUAUGAGUUUAACUACAACUACAACAACUACUGCGACUUCUAAUUCAUCUAAAGUCCCGGAAGUUAAUACAACACAAUUGCAAGCUUUGGCAGAUGUGUGCUGUAAUACUGCAACUGUAACAAAUGUGCCCUCAAUAUCAAAUACAGUAAUGAAUUCAUUAGUUUCUGCGACAAAAAUAGUAACGAAUGAUGAUAUUCCAAACCAUAUUGCUGCGUCAACUGUUACUCAUAUGGAAAUCCCAAAAAAAAUGCCCAUAUCAAGUAUUCCAGUUCCAAUAAUGUCUUUAAAAAAUCAUGAUGAAAAAUCAAAUGAUUCUACAAAGUCAGAAAAUGAUGUCGAAUUAGAAGAAGUAGACGAGGAAAAAAAAAUUAAUGAAAAAAAUAAUGAAAAUAAUGCUAAUGAAGAAGAAACAAUAGAAAAUUCUGAACUAGAAAAGUCUAACAUAGAAGAAGAUGUACCAAUUGUGGAAAUCACUAAUACUAUAAAUCUGAAAAACGAAAUUGUAGAAGAAAAAUCAGAUGCUGGAGAAAGACUAAUACCCAAGAAUGACAACAAUAUGGUCGACGAGAAUUUGUCACCCAUUAGCGUUGCAGAACCUAUGGAAUGUGGUUCAAGCUUAGCUUCACAAAUAUCUCCUAAAGAUUCUGGUAAACCUGCUUCCGAUGACGUGGUAAUGUCCGAAACCGUUUCGACAAAUUCAGCUGGAAGCAUGCAAGUUGAAAGUACGGAAUCUUUGAUUUUUUCUCACACUGAAGUUUCGGAUGAUAUCGGUUCCAAAAAUAUAUCUAUUGAAGAUAUCUACCUGCUCUGCGAUUUAUUUUACUUACCAUUUGAACAUGGGGGUAGAGGUCUUCAAAUUUUAAAUGAAUUUAAUUGGCUAAAAACCCAUGCCCAUGUUCUAUUACAUUCCAGUAAAAAAAAUCAAGACAAUUCAAAACCUGAAGUCCAAGAAUGGAUGGAGCGUUCUGAGAAAUUUUACGAUACUUCCAAAACAGUUAUGGACCUGUUAAAAAAAAUUGCCAAAUGUCCCAACAAGGAAUUAUCUUACGAUUUAUAUUCUUAUGUAUGGGAUAUGGCUUGUGUCACAACCCUUUUGAAUGCUUUUAUAAAAUGGAUAGCAUUGGGCCAUUUUCCAGCCAAUAUAAACUCAUACAUCACCGGAAGCUACACGUGGUUCAGUAAAGGCUGGAAAGAAGCUUUUAUGUCUGGAGAUCAGGAACCAUGGGUUUUUCGAGGUGGCUUAACUGCCGAUUUACAACGUUUGAUUCCAAUUGAUGGUGGUAAUGAUUUAUUUAUAUAUAAAUUACCAGAUGUGCCCCUCUCGACUAUAUAUACCAUACGACCAUAUACGCCAAUGGAUGAAGGUCAGAUUUAUGACGUUUAUAAAAAGCUAUCUUUUGAUUCGUCUAUUACACUGCCUGAAAAUCUUUCUGAUAUAUUCGUUGAUCGAGAAAUAGGAGCAUUCCUUACAUUAAAUCCAGAAUUAUGUAUGGUUGUACAAAAUUCUGAGAAUGAAAUCAUAGGUUUCGCUUGUGCCACGUUAGACUCACGUAUAUUUUAUCGUAACCAAGAGAUAUGUUGGAUUCCAGAAAUGCGGGAAAAGUAUCCUUUGAAUUUAUUGGAAAACGAAGAUUUGCACGAAAAUAUCAAAGAUGUUAUAAAUUAUUUUCAUAAUUAUAAACACAAUUGUCCGCAAGAUGUUCUCAAUUCUCAUCCAUCCAUUUUAAGGUGUUGUUUACAACGCGAUGAUCUAUUGAUUGAUCAAUCAAUUGCUAAACGGGUAAUAACGGUAUUAUUAGCUGCAUUACGAUCAAAUGGUUCAUUUGGCGUCCAUAUUUGUUUAAAUACGAGCACUCUCAAUAGUAUCAAUCAAGCAUCAACGAAAUUCAACAAUAGUGAUAGUAAUAAUGAUGAUAUUACUGACGGAAACAGUUCAUGCCGUGUUGCUAAUAUAUCUGAUAAUAGUACAGAUACUACAUCAAUUAAUUUAACUGGACAUAACAAAAUUGGAUUUUAUACGAGAUUAGGUUUUACAGAAAUCUACCGUGAUACUAUUAACUCAUGUUUGUAUUUGGGUAGAAAUUUUUAGCAUAAAAAUA